AUGCCCGGCCUAUGGCGCGUUGCUGGCGGCGAGGGCACUGGCGGCUUGCUGGUACGAUCCGGACCAGGUCUGACCAGCGAAGAGAAGCAGGAGCGAUUGGCGACGAAGUCGCUGAUUCAGGAGAUCGGUCGUCAGGGACUUCGCUUGCAGUAUGCUCUCGUGGCUGGCUCUGGGCCAGGAUCCGGUUGGGUCAGCAUCCGGAUCCGUGAGAAAGAGCUCUUGGUUCCGGAAGCCGCUGGUCAGGGCGCCGGCCGCAUCCGAAGCUACGGACUUGCGGAUUUCGGCUCGGCCGAUGCGCGGCUUAGCUCGGAGUCGACGCCUCUGGAACAGGCGCUGUACUACCAGAGCGCAGGAAAGUGGGAUCCUGAGUCGCUCCGGCGCCUUCGGCGCGCGCCGCCCGCAAGCGGGUGCCGCGUUUCCGUGGUAACGCCCACGACAAGCCGCCGCUCAAAGUUUCACCCACAGCUGUGGGAGUGCUUCACCGCCCAAAGUUGGCGCGACAAGGAGCUCAUCGUCCUCGAAACGCACCAGGGCCGGCCGUCCGAGUUUUUCCAGUCCUUGGGCGCCGAAAAUGUCGUUUACAUUUCCCUGGAAGGUGAUUGCAGCAUCGGCUGCAAAAGGAACCUCGGCAUUCUCCUGGCAUCGGGCCAGGUCAUCGUCAACUUUGAUGAUGAUGAUAUCUAUGGGCCCUCCUAUGUCUCCUCCAUGGUGCGGGAGCUACAGAGGAAGAACCUCGUGGCCCUGACGCUGAGUGCAUGGUACGACUUUGACACGCGAAUGAACCGAUGCGGCUACGUCGAUCCCGAGGCGCUGACGGAUCUGGACCUCCCGAAUUCAAUCCUGGCCGCCGCAGCCAAAACCGAGCUCGAAAAGCUUCGAAGGUCGGGCGUGGAAGGCGCUGUCUACGGCUACGGCUUCUCUUAUGUGCACUUGCGUGAGCCAGGACUGCAACACCCGUAUCCCGACACCAAGAUGUGCGAGGAUGUCAAGUUCAUGCUCCAGUUGCGAGAUGCAUUCGGCCCCAGAGUGGGGCUGCGCAAAGAUCUAGAGGGCAUCUGCCUCCAUGUCAUGCACGGCGGGAACACAGCAGAUUCAAUGCUUCACCGGGCGGUGUCGGCAGACGAGAUAGCUCGGCUCGAUGUCUCCAAGCUUCCGAUUGUGGCCUCGAUGGCCAGGAAGAUGCAGAAAGAG